AUGCUUCUGAAAGAUGAAGUUAUUGGGCCGCAGAGAAUAGAGUCAUCCGAAAUUACACAACAGGCAGCCCCGAAAAUGGGCGGGUUAGUAAUUCCAGGAACCAAGGAUGCGGCUAUGAUGAAGCAAGCGCCAGACCAACGCGCGGCUCAGGUGUCAGAGAGGCCUGCCCAAUCAAACGAAGAUGACAUUCUAGUGAACUUACGAGAGGAAGAUGACGACGAAGAACAAGCACAGGUUCACAGCUUUGAAAUUCCAAAUACAGCAGUGGAGUCAGUGAAGGCUAGAUGCCAAUCCAUGGGCUGUCCAGCACUUGAGGAAUACGAUUUCCGCAAUGAUGAGAUCAACCCAACUUUGGACAUUGACCUCAAACCCAUUGCUCAGAUUCGAAGCUACCAAGAAAAGAGUCUGAGUAAGAUGUUUGGUAACGGGCGAGCAAAGAGUGGGAUUAUCGUCCUUCCGUGUGGUGCUGGUAAAACGCUGGUCGGUAUUACUGCAGCAUGCACUAUCAAAAAGGGAACUAUCGUCCUCUGCACUAGUUCCAUGUCCGUUGUCCAGUGGCGGAAUGAAUUUAUUCGAUGGUCAAAUAUUGACCCGAGUGAUAUUGCCAUCUUCACAUCGGACAACAAGGAGAAGUUCCGACGGAGUACAGGAGUUAUUGUAUCUACGUACUCGAUGGUUUCACAAACCCGAGCUAGAUCUCAUGACGCCGAAAAGAUGAUGGAGUGGCUGCAGUCUCGGGAGUGGGGGUUGAUGUUGUUGGACGAAGUACAUGUCGUGCCCGCCUUUAUGUUCCGAACAGUCACAUCCGCUAUAGCUACACAAACCAAGCUCGGAUUGACAGCCACGCUUCUCCGAGAGGAUGAUAAAAUCAAAGAUUUAAACUUUCUUAUUGGGCCCAAGCUCUACGAAGCGAACUGGAUGGAGCUUGCAGAGCAAGGUCAUAUUGCCAAAGUUCAAUGUGCAGAAGUGUGGUGUCCCAUGACUACCGAGUUUUAUACCGAGUAUAUGCGUGAAAAGUCCAGGAAAGCCGCUCUUUUGUAUAUCAUGAACCCCAGGAAAUUCCAGGCCUGUCAAUUCUUAAUUGACUACCACGAAAAACGAGGCGAUAAGAUCAUUGUCUUUUCAGACAAUGUCUUUGCACUCGAACGUUAUGCUUUGAAGCUGAAGAAGGCUUACAUUUAUGGUGGAACACCGCAAAAUGAACGUCUGCGGAUUCUUGAAAACUUUCAGCAUAACGAACAAGUGAACACAAUAUUUCUCUCUAAGAUUGGCGACACAUCUCUCGACCUACCAGAGGCGACCUGUUUGAUUCAAAUAUCAUCUCACUACGGGUCUCGUCGACAGGAAGCUCAGCGGCUGGGGCGUAUCCUUCGAGCUAAGCGUCGUAACGAUGAAGGUUUCAACGCUUUCUUUUAUUCCCUUGUCUCAAAGGAUACCGAUGAGAUGUUUUACUCUUCCAAACGUCAAGCCUUCUUGGUCGAUCAAGGCUACGCGUUCAAGGUGAUCACCCAUCUGCAGGGGAUUGAGAAUCUCGAGGGUCUUGCAUAUGCUACAGCCGAAGAGCGCCUGGCACUAUUAGCUGACGUAACACUUCAGAAUGAAACUUCAGCUGCUGUUGAGGAAAAUGCUGAUGAUCUGUUUAAUGAUCGGUCGGCUGGAGGGAAAUCUCGUGGUAAUAAGAAGGCUGUGCGUAGGAACGCUGCAACUCUCAGUGGACUUGCUGGAGGAGAAGAUAUGGCUUAUAUCGAACAUAACAAGAGCCGAAAUAAGCAGUUGAAAGAACGGAGCUCUUUCUUCAAGAAGAUUGAUCGAGAUCGGGCGAAGCGGAAGAAGAUGCUAGAGCAUUAG